AUGGCACGCCCGCCAUUAUUCCCUGAACAGUCCGCAGCUGGCAUAGCCGUCGAUCCACGCACCCUUGAACGUGUUAUACCAGAAUCAAAGAGAUCAGAUGGAACUGUGCGCAAGCAGCUUAAGAUUAGACCUGGAUUCACACCCCAGGAAGAUGUCUCUCGAUUCCGUGGAUCACGCCAGCAGGCGAUGGAUUCUACGGCCCUUCCAAAGGGCCACAUACUAGGUUGGGUUGCGCCUUCUUCUGCUACAUCACCGAAAAGCAAGACCGCUACGCCACCUCCAAAUAAGAACGCGAAAAAGCGCGCCAAUGCUCGAGCCAAGAAAAGCGUGGAGAAGGCGGCUAUCAUUAAAGAUAAUUGGGAGGAUGAGGAGGGGGAAGAUGAAGAUGAAGCUUCAGCUGACGUGCAAGCAACUACCGAGAAGUUGAAGGAGGGAAGCUCGAAGACCAGCACGAACGAUGUGGCAACAACGGGAUCGCACGCUGAAGACAAGCCAAACCGAGCCUCCGCACCAAAUUCAAAUUCAAAUCCAUCAUCAACAAAUCAGAGCACUGUCGAGCUUUCGGACAAACUUGAGAAGCUACAAGUCAAAUGA